AUGACAUACGUCCGCCGAGACUCCGGGCUUGUGGCGGAACAAAAACGCCCAUUCCCGAUCCGGGACGUCCUGUGGCUCACGGUCAACAACACGACGAUAGUCAAUUUCUGCCGCCAAAACGACGAAACUGACGCAUUAGAUACCCUAUUACAAUGGCCCAUCCCGGACCGCUGUCUUGUGGCAGGAGACUUCAAUGCCAAACACCACACCUGGCAGACAGUCCGAUCAGUAGACCGAGGCGGCGACAUCGCCUCUUGGGCGUCGGAAAACGACCUCAGCUUGCUGAACUCCAUCGACGUGCCUACGAACCCCCACGGGAAUACAAUCGACGUCGCCUUUACGAACAUACCCUUCGCGGAAGCUACUGUGGAAGAUCACCUCGCCACGAGCUCUGACCAUUUUACUAUCAGUAUACUACUCCCUGGCAUCAGACUGGUCCCAUUGCAACCAGGCAAAAUCCGCCUCGCAACUGACGAUGAGCUCAAGCGCUUCGUGGAAAUUGUGGAACUAGGAUCAUCAGGGAUCCCCGGUGCCGCCUCGACCCCAUCUGAGCUGGAUGAGCUUGCGUCGUCGCUCACGAACCUCUCGCAGGCGGCUGCAAAGACAGCUGGCCGACCCGCGCGAAAGGGGGCACACAGCACUCCUUGGUGGACC